AUGACGCCGCAUCUGCCCGCCGUCUCCUGCUCCUCCUCCGCCUCCACAACCACCACAUCCCGCGCCGCCGCCGCCGCCGCCUACCACCAUCACCACCACCUGCUCGACGCCGCCGCCGCGCCGCCGUCGUCCUCGCCGCACCAGCACCGGAGGCGGAGGCGGCGCCGGGUGCCGGGGUGCCUCCGCCCGCGCCCGCCGCGCGCCGCGUCCGUCCGCUGCUGCGCCGCCGCGGCGCCCGCGCCGCAGGCGGCCCUGCCCGCGGCGGCGCGCGCAGGGGCGGAGGCCACCACGCGGGUCUUCGUCGUGUCCGACCUGCACACUGACUACCCGGAGAACAUGGACUGGGUGCGCCGCCUGCCCGCCGAGGUCGGGGCCGGCAAGGGCCAGGGCGUCGACGCGCUCGUCGUCGCCGGCGACGUGGCUGAGACCAGGGACAACUUCGCGCGCACCAUGGAGGUGCUCAGGGAGCGCUUCGCCGCCGUCUUCUACGUGCCAGGGAACCACGAUCUCUGGCUGCGCCGCGAGGGCGGACGCUACAUGGAUUCGCUGGAGAAACUGACUGCAUUGCUUGAUGCGUGUAGUGAGCUGGGUGUGGAUACAGGCCCAAGAACAAUAGGUCACUUGGGAAUCAUACCAUUGUUUUCAUGGUAUCACAAGAGCUUUGACAAGGAGAAGGAUGUUAACAGUGUGCGUGUCCCUUCGCUAGAGAUGGCUUGUAAAGACUUCCAUGCUUGCCAAUGGCCUUCAGACCUGACGAAUGAUGACGAGGCUCUUGCUCUUUACUUUGACAAGCUGAAUGACAAGAAUCAUGAUGCUAUUGAAGAAGUGAAAAGUAGCAGCAAACAAAUAUUAACAUUUUCACACUUCGUACCAAGGCAAGAGUUGUGUCCGGAGAAACGCAUGCUUUAUUACCCAUACCUUCCUAAGGUCAUUGGCUCUGAUUUUUUGGAGAGGAGGCUCAGAGAUAUACACAGCAACAGAAAAGAUGGAGCAGCUUGCCAUGUUUUUGGGCACACUCAUUUCUGUUGGGAUUCUGUGGUUGAUGAGAUCAGGUAUGUGCAAGCCCCUCUGGCAUACCCUCGAGAAAGAAAACGUCGGAUGAACGGUGAAGGCUGGCUGCCAUUUUGUGUAUACCGUGAUGGUUUCAACCCAGAAAUAUAUCCGGCAUUGUGGUCAGACUACUACAACAAGAACAAAAGAGAACCCGAGAACACUCAGCUCGCGCCGUGGGUUGCCAGCCAUUUCGCGAAGUACCACAAGUUCCACUGA